AUGUGCAGGUGCCUGACUCUGAUCUCAAAGAUCCUAUGUCGAGUCAUCCUGGAAGGUUCCACAGUCGUCAUGAAGGCCAUCAAUACAAACAGUGAGGUAGAGCUGAAGAAAGCAAUCUCCUUGGCUCCGCGCGGCCAGCGUGCGAAACAGCUCUUGGAAGUCUCAGUUGGGACUCAGUCCAUCUCGCCUCUAUACUGGUCCAUUGACAGUGGAAGCUUAGCUGUGGCCAAUGCUAUCAUCGAGGACCUUCUUAUCAUACGUGCCGAUCGUGAGGUGUACUACUACGGCUGUGAUGCCCUUUUCACGCGACACCCAGAGGCUCGUUUGCCACCAUGUGAGUCUGCGUCACGGCACUGA